UGGGAACAAACGAAGGAGAUUAUGAUGUUUUGUGGACCUGCCAUUGGGCUCUGGAUCUGUGCGCCGUUGAUGAGUCUCAUCUCAACGGCCGUCGUUGGUCGACGAAGCUCUACUGAGCUUGCUGCUUUAGGACCUGGAACGGUUUUUUGUGAUAACAUGAACCUCUUGUUCAUGUUCCUCUCGAUAGCAACUUCCAAUAUGGUUGCUACUUCACUUGCAAAAGGGGACAAAAAUGAGACGCAGCAUCAAAUAUCUAUUUUGCUUUUUGUUGGCUUUAUAUGUGGGGCACUGAUGCUUUUGUUUACACAAUAUCUUGGUCCAUGGGCAUUAACCGCUUUUACUGGGCCAAAGAAUGUGCAUAUUGUACCUGCAGCAAGCAAAUAUGUUCAGAUUCGUGGCUUGGCAUGGCCUGCGGUUCUUUACGGACUGGUUGCUCAAAGUGCAAGUCUUGGCAUGAAAGAUUCAUGGGGACCUAUGAAGGCUUUGGUCAUUGCCAGUGCUGUGAAUGGAAUUGGUCAUGUAAUCCUAUGCAGUUUUCUGCAGUAUGGUAUAGAGGGUGCAGCAUGGGCGACAAUGGCAUCCCAAAUUGUAGCAGCUUUUAUGAUGAUUGAAGCACUGAACAAGAAAGGAUAUAAUGCUUUUGUCAUCUCAGUGCCAUCAUUCUCUGACUUUCUGAAAAUAUUCGGGAUUGCAGCACCUGUGUUUGUGAUGAUGUUCUCAAAGGUGGCUUUCUACUCUCUUAUUACAUAUUUUGCCACAGCUAUCAGCACUCAUACAGUUGCAGCUCAUCAGGUUAUGAUUCAGAUGUACAGCAUGUGUGUAGUAUGGGGGGAACCUCUUUCUUUAACUGCACAAUCAUUUAUGCCCGAGUUAUUAUACGGGUUCAACCGAAGUUUGGAGAAGGCACGAACUCUGCUGAAGUCGCUGGUGAUUAUUGGAGCAUUACUAGGACUAGUAAUUGGGGUUGUCGGAAUGUCCGUUCCUUGGCUGUUGGCAAACAUCUUUACUCCUGAUCCUAAGGUCAUAAAAGAGAUGCACAAUGUGUUGAGUCUGUUCUUUAUUGCAUUAUCUGUGGCACCCUGUACUCACAGCCUCGAGGGUACAUUAUUGGCCAGCAGGGACCUUAAAUUUAUUAGCUUAUCCAUGAGUGGAUGCUUCUCUGUCGGAGCCCUUUUAUUAUUGCUUGUGAGUAGGAGAGGUUAUGGCUUGCCAGGUUGCUGGUGUGUUCUAGUAGGAUUUCAAUGGGCUCGAUUCUUCCUUGCUCUCCGGCGUCUUCUCUCUCCUAAUGGCACGCUUUACUCAGAGGAAGGUCAGUUUAAAAUGGAAAAGUUGAAAGCUGCUUAGGUUCAGGUUUGUCCACAAGUUGCGCGAGGAAACUACUAAGGAGCUGAUGAUGAUGGAAACCUAACAGGGAAUUACUCCUCUACCCAAGUUUUUUUCUUGCAGUAACCUGUAGCCUUGUUAGUUGUCAAAAUUCCGUUGGUUGUUGAUUGUAUUUUGUGGACUUCAAACAUUUAUUGUUAAA